AUGAGAUACAACACGCUUAAUGCCCUUUCGGAUAUCCCUGUAGGUAACCCAGAUUCAGAUAUUCAGGCUACUCCGAUUCGGAUUUUCUCUGUAGGCAGACCAGAUUCCGUUAUCCCUGUAGGCUUCCCAGUUUCAAACAUCCCUGUAGGCUUCCCAGAUUCAAACAUCCCUGUAGGCUUCCUAGAUUCAAAUAUACCUGUAGGCUUCCCCGAUUCAAAUAUCUCUGUAGGCUUCCCUCAUUCGGAUUUCCUUGAGUCUCUUCUCUCUCUCUCCCUCCCUCCCACUCUCUUUUUAUUUUUCUCUCUCUCUCUCACUCUCUCUCUCUCUCUCACUCUCUCUCUCUCAGCUCACAUUGUAAACUUGAUUGAAGACCACAUCGUCUUCAACUUACCUGGAUAUAUAUACAUACAUACAUACAUACAUAUAUAUCUAUAUCUAUAUCUAUCUAUCUAUCUAUCUAUCUAUCUAUCUAUCUAUCUAUCUAUCUAUAUAUAUAUAUUCUUACCUCGAGAUCACGGUCCCAGAUGGAUUAUAUCUAUUUUUUAUAAUCAUUCCGAGUCGAAUGAUAGCCUUCUCUUAGAGAAUCAACGAAUUAUAUUUUCUCAAUAUUUUCUGUUCUGA